CUAGCCUAAGAGCACACAGGUCAACCCGAACGAAGAAUGAAUGAAUAGGUCGUAGUCACGUGAAAGUGAGUCCUACCUUGUGAGACCCCACCAAACUUGACUUCACGAAUACAAGCUUGCAACUAUCCGUAGUACCACUUACGAGCAUUCAGCAUGAUUUCUGUCACCGAAGAUAUCGAAGGCACCGUCACGAUCCGGCAUGGCGAAGGUAUCGACACAGAUGCAAUAGAAGAUCUGAAAACCCUAGAUGCGAACGAAGACGGCGGCUACCAUGACGAUGAUCUAGAGAUUGAUGACGAUGAUGAUACUAGUACCGACGGUUUAACACUCAAGCAAGUCGCUAUGCAAUGUUGCAAGCGCAUUGAUGUCGGAGCAGCCGUCCUACCCAAACCGCUCUUUCAUCCUGACAUCCAAGACUACGAUGGCAGUGAAGAACUUCACGACGCCGCGGCGUCCAUUCCGACACCGUACGCGCGUGUGUUAGGCAACGAGUUUAACGCAAUAGUGGUAGAGCAUCACCUCAAGUGGAAUCCAUUGUGUGUCUCCGAGCCGGGACCACUGCCUAGCGAAAAACCCUCUGAUCGCAUCGGUCGGUAUGACUUCCAUCAUGCAGAUUCAGUCGUGGACUGGGCCUUGAAACGCAGUAUGAAAGUCAAAGGACAUGUUUUGGUAUGGCAUGUUACGUCUCCGAAAAUUCUGGAAGAUAUGGAGCCGGAGGAAGUACGCAAAGAGCUCAGACGUCACAUUUUUACGGUCAUGGGUCAUUUCCGUGGUCGCAUUCAAGUCUGGGAUGUGGUGAAUGAAGCUCUUGCACCCGACGGAACACUCGCGGAUAACGUUUUUCUCCGAAAGCUCGGACCCUCCUACAUCGAGGAUUCUUUUCGCUGGGCCCACGAAGCCGACGCUAGCGCUGUUCUUUUGUACAACGAUAACAAGGUCGAAGGGAUUGAUUCGAGAAAGUCGGAUGCAUUUUACGAAUUGCUUGCGGAUCUCAAAGCCAAAAAUGUCCCCGUCCACGGUUGCGGCGUGCAGGCUCACUGGAAUGCAGCUGGCGUGGGCUGGAAUCGUCCGCCAACGCCAAGAAGCGUCAAGGCACAAGUUCGGCGCUUAGGACAACUCGGGCUGACGGUAAAUUUUUCGGAAAUGGAUGUACGUGUUAGUCAACUUCCAGCAAAUCUACGUCAAAUAGCCCAGCGUCAAAUAUUCCAUGAUCUCUUGGCUGCAGCGCUGUCUGAGCCGGCCUUUGAUGGCGUAUGGUUGUGGGGAUUUACGGAUCGUCACACUUGGGUGACCCAUUUUUACCACGAUGACGAGCCCCUUAUCUUCGACGAAGCCUACGCAAGGAAGGAAUCUUACUACGGGUUUAGAGAUGCUUUGAAAACGAUAGCUCCAGGCGGUUGUGUUGGAGGUGGAACUCUCUUGAGCUCGGACAUCGAUGUGGAUGGAAAUCCAUGGGGACAUCUUUGGAUGCAGCCCGACCUGGUAUCCCACAAUACAGACGAGGACUUUCAUGGCGACUCACGUCCUGACUGGGAACAAAGCAUCGAGGUCGAUGACAAAGAAGAGGACCCUAGGAAUGCAACAGACAGUAUGGAGCUCCCCCCUAUUUCUUAAGAGAUGCAUAUAUCUGUUGGCUCAGCUCGGAAAGUGAAUCGUGCAGAACUGGCAUUAUCGCGGCAAACACAUGAACACCUAAAGUGAUCGGGGCUCAAGAAACACUCUACAUCUAUUUAGAAAAGCGACUCUAGUUCU